GACAAAGCUGACAGUUAAGCUGGCAAUUUUUGGAUUAAGUUCAUCUUUGAGCUACGGACUUAUUUUCUGCACUAACGCUCAAGAUGUACGGAAGUUUGGCCCUUUAGACAGCAUUUCCUGCUUCCCAUUAGAAACCUUCCUUGGUGGAAUUUAUUUGGAUUCUGGAAGCAGAUUGGGAAAGGGAAGCGGAAAAGGAGGCCAGUGAUCCCGUCGAGCUCUGAUGAGGAUUGGGACAACACUGCGGAACAGCCAGAGACCUCACCACCAUCAGCAAUGGAGAAUAGACAUUCAAGUGAAACUCACUUCCUGAACAUCACUCAUCCAUUUGUUCAGCCGCUACAACCCUCAACUCCUUCACCUGUGGUUUCACAAACAGUUCCAAGACAACUUCUACAAGCCACCAAUACGAGCAUGUUUGUACGUGUUCUAACCCUCCUGGAAGACAUUAAGGACACUCAGAGGAUCCACAGUCGAAUGCUACAGUCUCUCCUUACACAACGUGAUGGACCAGUUGCUGCAGUAUUACCCGAGGGUGCUGUAUUUCCCAUCCGGACAGUAGCAGAUGUGGCAGCAUUGGAGCAAAAACUGGCAGACCCUGUCUUCCUAAAAGAAGUGGUUGCUGUUGUGGCAGAGAUCAGAGGGAGCACUGUUGAUGAAGCCACAAGAAGAAUGAUGGCCUACAUUAUGGACAAUGCUCUUUUUAGGCAAUAUAACUUCGUUGGGUGCCAUGGAAAGCGGGAAUUUCGAGGGCUUAAAGUUUUUGAAGUGCUAUAUGAUUCUCCUUGCUGCAGGUGUAUGCUUCUGCCAGCUGGAUGCUGUUACUGGAUAGUACACCGUUCCAAUGGAGCGUCAUUGGUUUGCUGGACAAAGUGGCCCACCCGAGGGGUCCCCUGCCAUCAACCAGCAAGCCACCCUGGCUGAGGAUCAUCUGGUUGCCAGGGCAGAAGGAGCAGAGCAUGCCAGGCAGUCAUGGAGAUUGUAAGAGCAGGAUGGCUAAAAGAAAGGCCAGUCCUGAAAAAACGACCCCCAUAAAAAGAAGGAGGGUCUCUGAGCAGGCUGGUCCUUCCACCAGCUCAGAUGCUCAUGUGGUCAGGGGAGUCAAGCGAAAGGUCCAACAAGAUGAAGCGGGGACAGCCAACACAGCAAAGAAGCGUAAACUUCUUGACCAUGUGAGCGGUGACAAGGGGCAGGCAUCUUCCUGGUUGGACACUGGUAAAGACUGCAGCAUAGAGAUUUCAGAGAGCUGCAGUAAAAACAAAAAGACUGGCAAAAGGAAAGCUGCGGGAGACACCAGGGACCCACCUAAGAAAAAGAAAGUGGACCAGGACAAAACCAAAACUGUUGCCAAAAAGUCAGUGGCUGAACAGAAACGUGACUUCCAAGCGAGAUACGUGGAGGAGCACCGGCUUGGAGAAGGAGGAUGCGGAGCAGUGUUUGCUGGCUACCGCAUAAAGGAUCAUUUACCAGUGGCCAUCAAACACAUCCCAAAGGGGAACGUGUACUGCAAAGUGAAGGAUGAUAACGGGAAGAAUGUGUCAGUGGAAGUUGCCAUCAUGCUGAAGCUUGCAGCUGAAGCAGAUGGAUCAGUGGAAACAUCAGCCCCAGUGUCUCUGUUGGAGUGGUUUGACUUUGGCAGAGAGCUGAUCCUGGUGAUGGAGAGACCUGUCCCCGCUGUGGACCUGGAUAAAUACAUAGAAGAAAAUGGAGGAUUUUUGCCAGAGGACAAGGCCAAGGUCAUUCUGAAGCAGCUGGUUGAUGCUGCGAAGCACCUGGAGGAUAAACACAUCUUUCACCGGGACAUCAAGAGUGAGAACAUUCUAAUUGAGACCGGCUCAGAUGUACCGCGUGUUCGUAUCAUCGACUUUGGACUGAGCUGCUUUGUUAAGGAGCAGUCGCAGUACCGCGUCUUCUAUGGUACAGAAAUUUACUCCCCUCCCGAGUGGUACGGGCGCAGUUGCUACAGGUGUGGACCCACCACGGUAUGGCAAAUGGGAGUGGUUCUGUACGAAGCGCUUCAUGCGGGGGACUUUAACACCACGAGCUUCCUCAAAAAGCGCCUGAAAUUCAAAAGACAUCUGUCCAAAAACUGCCGGGAUUUCUUGGACGCGUGUUUAACCAAAGUCCCGGAGACGCGGCCAACGCUGGAGGAGCUACAGCAUCACACGUGGCUGAGAUAAGCAUAUCACACACACACACAAACACACACAAUUCAGACGUUAUCAUUUAUGUGUGAUGUAUGAAUUACCUUGCUUUUUUUCAGGAAAUAAUUUUUUUAAUUGGCCCACUUUAAAUUUCAGUGUUUUGGAAUUCCUGUAACCCCCCCAGCCAUCCCAGGAAAGGGGAUCUCUCUUUGAAUGGGCUUUCCCGAGGUUUCUUCCCGUCAAUCUGGCCCCCCCAGGGGAGUUUUUCCUCGUCUUCAUAGAGAGCUUGGGCUGGGUCAGGAGCUCCAUCAAAACUGUCUUUAUUUAAUUACUCUAAUGUAAUCAUAUACUUUAAAGUAAUCAAAUAAAAGACAGUAAAAAUCUGAAGACUUGAAGUAAACUUCCAUUAAAAUAAAACUUGUUUAAUUCAU